UUAUUCAAAGAAAAGCAAAUUCCAUUUAUCUCAAUUUUCGAUAAAGUAAAGAUCAAAUUACAAAACUUGGUUCAACCCAGACAGAAAUGGCGAGAAAGAGUUUUGUUGGAUGCUAUAUAACACUUAUUGUAGCAUCAACAUUUCUAUCUAAUUGCCAAUCUUUGGUACAAUCAGACCCAGAUAUUUCUGUAGCAGAAGUGGAAAAGGCACACAACUCACAACUUAUUGAGGAAAGCACAAUAACUUUUGAUGGUACUUCUAUUAAUGAUCAAAGCUCAAUUGUUUUGGAUGGAGAUCACGGGGGGAUGAAGGGGGAAACCCCUUCAACAGAGGAAGGUUCAACAGUAGUUGUAGAUGCUUUGACGAAUAAUGAACAUGGAUCUAGUGAUGGGCAUGCUAUCGGAGUGGGACCGACUACUGGAGAUCAAUCAACAGCUGAAAAUGAUUCGGCCAAAGAGAACAAAAUUGAUGAAGAAUCGUCGGUGAUUGAAGAGCCAUUAACUGAGGAUGGUGUUGCAAGUCCUCCGCCGCGUCCAGGUCCUGCUUACUUGUUUUCUUCCGUUAGGAAGCCAACUCCAGAAGAAAUUACUGCCAGUUCUUUAUCGAGUACUUUACUAACAGUUACGAAAGAUAUUUUGAGCUUCAAGCCUCGCCAUUACAGGAAUGUCUCGUUAGAGUUCCGAAUGGCCGAGUUGCAAAGGUUAGACUCCAGGGAGGUGACAGAGCUCCUGGCACAGAGGGGGAUUGUUGUACCACCACUGAAAGGUGUCAACUGUGACCUCAGCACGCAAUAUUACAGGACAAUGGACGGUUCUUGCAAUAAUUUUCUGUUUCCUUGUUGGGGUAAAACAUCUGAACCAUAUUUGAGAUGGUUACCACCAGCCUACGCAAACGGUAUUGAUGCACCGAGAGUGCGUGCUGAUGGUAACCUUCUUCCCAGUCCCCGGCAAGUGUACCAGUGGGUAUCCAGUCAGUUUGAGCAGAGCGCAAAUACCACUUACAGCCGCCUGACAAAUUUUAUGCUACUCUGGGGACAGGCGGUAGCUCAUGACAUACUUUUGACACCCCAGGUUGUUGUUAAAGUUUGGGAUGGAAAAGAUUUCGAAGAUGAUGCUCCCGAAUGUUGUGAACCAAGUGGACGAUCACACACAGAAUGCAUUCCAAUUGUAAUGAAUUUCGACGAUAGUUUCUAUUCCCGAGAACAUUGCUUGAGUAUUGCAAGGUCUGCACCUUAUGUAUAUAGCCCUUUCUCCUGCAGGAAUCCAAAGUUAGGAUUACCGAGGGCACAGAUAAAUCAGUUGACAGCAUUUCUGGAUGCGUCUCUAGUCUACGGUGAGUCAGAAAAGAAGAUGAGAGGAUUAAGAGAGAAAAACGGAUUCGGAGCUAGGUUAAUUAUGGACUUAGUUCACGGUAUCGGCUAUCCCCCAAGAAGAAAAGAGGGCUGCAAGUCAGGGCAUCCGACAUGCGAUCCAAGAUGUUUCCACGCAGGUGAAAAAAGAGCCAAUGAAAAUCCAGUUCUAGCGUCCCUCCAUACUAUUUGGGUGAGAGAACACAACAGAUUGGUGGAAGCAUUGAGAGGGCGUGGCUGGUCAGAAGAAACGCUUUUUCAUGUUGUACGCAAGAUGGUGGGUGCUAUGUUCCAACAUAUUACGUACAAAGAAUAUUUACCUGAAGUCAUUGGUCCGGCACUCACAAGCGUAAUGAAUUUGACCAUCCCAACCGUGAACUAUCGUUAUAACCAGUUACUCAAUCCGACCCUGUACAAUGUUUUCGUGUCAGCUGCCUACAGGUACGGUCACAGCAUGAUCAGUUCACGAUACAUGCGUAGAGGUACCCAUUUUCAAGCCAGUCCGUGGCUGAGCGAAGAUUUUUUCUCGAUGGACGAAUUCUGCAAAACUUCUGGUGACUCUAUCGCGCCUCUUCUCUACGGGCAAGCUGAUCAAAAUGUACAAAAGGUGGACUGUUUGUUUUCAAAACAGGUUACUAAUCAUCUAUUUUCUGACACUGCCAAUGGGCCAGGGCUAGACUUAUUUUCUCUUAACAUUCAGCGGGGUAGAGACCAUGGUUUACCACCCUACAACAAGUGGCGUGAGGCAUGCGGUCUACCGAAAAUUCGUGAUUAUCCAGAUUUGAGAGGCAUUAUUCCUGAUUACUUGAUAGACAGAUUUGCUACUGUUUACGGUCCUGGUGCUGUAGAUGAAAUAGAUUUAUAUGUAGCAGGAGUGUCUGAAUUUCCAGUGAACGGUGGUAUUUUAGGUCCCACCUAUACCUGCAUUGUUUCCAAUCAGUUUAAAAAUUUGAAAUUCGGAGACAGGUUCUGGUACGAGAAUUUGGAUCAUCCGGGUGCUUUUACGAAAGAACAAAUCCUCUCGAUACAAAAGACAACACUGGCAUCACUAUUGUGUAGGAAUUCUGACAUACAAUAUAUUCAGCCAAAUGCAUUUAUAGCAGUGAGUGCUUCAAAUCCCAAGCUUCACUGUAAUUUCAUCACAAGGGACACAGAUCUUGAUCUAAAUCUUUGGCUUUAAGUAUUCGCUGUCUGUAUAUACGUGUAUCAAAUAAAUUAUUUUUAUUACGAAAAUAUUGAAUUGAA